AACAUUGUGAUCAUUGGUGGUCUAUAAUCUCACCACCAUCACCACCAAAAGAAGGAAAGAAAACCAUGUACGUGACUCGUCCUCUUUCUCUCUACAGAAGGGACCCUUCAGCGGCUUCGUCGCCGCCUCCAGAAGGCCCGAAUUCCGGCGUGCUAAUCAUCCAAGAUGAAGAAGCUCAGCCGACGAGCUGCUUCGGACUGGUGAACAGCAGCAGAGUCAGGGACCUGCCUUUCCCUCAGAACAAGAACCUCCAAGUUCGAUACGUCCAGCAAAGUGGAGAGCACCAGCACGUCGAAACCCACCGCGUCGUCUUCAUCCCUGCAAUCAAUCACCCGCUCGCUGCUAAUCGUUACUACGUGAUCAAGCGGGAUGGGAAGCAUAAAGGCGAAGCGUAUAGUAACUCGACAGAGGAGGAGAUGACAACUUGCUGCUUCUGCAACUGUAUCUCGGAUCGAAAGCCGGAGCCGUUCGAGCCGCAUGGGGAGGAUAUUUACCAGCAAUUCGAGAUCUCUCGACGUGAUUACUGGUAUGGAGGUUCGGGUUACAGUGCCAAAUCUGUAGCUGGAGGUGGAUUUCCCCCUCUUUUUUUGAGAAGAGACGGCUGGACGCUCCAUACUUCGAAUUCUCGGGAUUUCGAGCUUGAGGAAGCUCUGGGAGUGGAUUCAGAUCUUCGUGCUCGCCUUCCUGAUUUCAGCGUUGUGCUAUCCGACGAGAAAGGUGAUCGUGUUUCAGUGCCUAGGGUGGUAGGGAAAUGGUACUGCCCUUUCUUGUUCGUCAAGGAAUCGAGAAUGGAUGCUCGGGAUCAAGUCAACCAUUCGAGAUUCUACGAGGUGACGCUGGAGCAGCAGUGGGAGCCGAUUUUAACAUGCAACAACGGCGUCGAAGGAAAUGCUAACUCGUUCGUGAAUAUAGAUGUUUUGGUCGAGACCGAAUCCGUGAGAGUUGGUGAAAGGGAUGUUGUGGGGCAUAUGGUUGGAGAAAAUGAUGGAGUAAUUUGGUUUAGAAGGGUGGGAUUGGACAAUGAUGAAUGGGAGGAAGGGUUGAGGGUUGGGUUGAGCAAGGUGAUUGUUGAGAGAAUGAAAUGGGAGGUGGAAAGAGUUGGGUGGAGAAUUGGUGAGGGUGGGAAGAAUAGGGUGAAGAAAGUUGAGGAGUUUGGAGGAGGUGGUGGUGGAAUCAACAAUUGGAAGAGGUUUGGGUAUUUUGUGUUGGUUGAGAGAUUUGUGUUGAGGAGAAUGGAUGGUAGUUUUCUGAUGAGUUAUGAGUUUAAGCAUGUUCAUCAAUUUAGGACAAAAUGGGAGUAGAUAAUUAGUCCCCUAUAUAUAUUUUUGUUUUUGUUUUGGAUGAGGUGUUUAUGUGUUUCCUAGGAACCUCUAUAAUUGUUUUUCCAUGUAAACAUAAAAUAGAUGAUACAUGUGUAAUAAUCUUUAUUAUUUUAUCCUAAGUUAUAAUUGUGUAAUUUUUGUGUGUGUGUAAAUUUUCUUUUGCAUUGAUUAGUGAUUGUGGCACGAAAGAAAAUAUUUGCUAUCGAUUUAUCUCUUAAACAACUGAGUUGUUAAGUUCAACUCUACAAUAUUAGAUCAACACAAUAUGCAAUUCCGUUGAUUCUCACUGUUGAAGUUUUUUCUAGUUUAAUUGAAUAAGUUCUAGCUAUUAUGAUAAGUGAAAAAUAAAAUAUUCGUUUAUUUCACGUUAAAAUAAUAUCGAAGUUGAUUGAUUUCUUGGACCAUAUAAUACACAAGAAUUGCAUGAAAAUACAAUGCUACCUGAACUAUGAUCUGUGAGAAAAAAGUGAGACCUGAAACGUUGACAGAAAAUAAAUAUGGAAAAACUAGACAAAUGGUCCUCCUAGCACUCAGCUUAGGUUAAAUUGUAGAAGGCCUCUGUAAUGGUUAAAUGAUGAUCUGAAGAUGGCAUUUGCCAUUGUCAGUUCAGUUUACUAUCCUGACAUGUAGAACUUUCAGGUUACAAAAUGGUUUUCCAUGUUUCUCUUCUGAAGGUAGUAUAUCACAUUGAAGUUUAUGAAGACUGAUCUUAGAGAUCCCUUGUGCCAAUUACUAGAAUGUGAAGUCCGGUUGAAUGUUGCUUACUUGUUUGUGGUAGGUCUUGAUUGUUUCUCAAGUGUCUUGGCUACAAAAAAAGGGACAUCAUAAUGUCUAUCGAAGGCUACCAAAUCAUCUAUUGCGAAAGUAAUCCACCUUGGUCUUUCCUUUCUUCGGUUAUUAAUAAAAUGAGUUCAUCUUUGUAAAAAAAAAAAAAAAGGUUCUCUUGCAAGAAUGUGAAUUCCUGUAGGUUAUAAGUUGUUUACAUUCUUAAUCAUAUGCUUGUUUUAUUGUUUCGGUGGUGUUUGAGGAUUAUACUACAGUUCUAAGUUGUAUUCCCAUUUGCAGUGCAAGGAGCUCUAAGAUGCUUGGCUCUUCUUUCUGGCGAUCCGGAUGAUACAGGGCACAACUUUAAUACCUGUGCUAUUCCCAAGCCUGCAUACAAUUGUGUCAUCUUCUCAGGUCAGUUUUAGUCUGUCUGUUUCAUCACACUGUUGUUCUUGUCUUGAGGCUUUUCAUUGGCCAAUUCUGUUUGUUUAAUAUCCCAAUUUACGAAAAUUUGUUGCAUAUCCAAGCGUAGGAACCUUGCAGAUAGAUUUUAAUUAAAUGAGCUAUUUUUGUUUGUUUGUUUUUUAUUUUGAAACCAAACUGGUCUUCACCUGUUCUUAACCGUGGACACUAGCAUGAACUGAUGCCAUAGUGGAUUUCAGUGCAGUUUAGUUCCUUACCAACUUCAUCCAUCAAUUAGACAUUUUGAACUUCAUUUGUUAUCCUAAAAUAAACUCGCCUUCUUCAUGCUUUUUAAUAAACAAUGUUGGCCUUAAGGUCCUGGUGAGUUAAUUGGUUUUCAUUCAGUAGUCAACCCCGUGGGGUUUCAUCUUUUAUUUAUUGGUAGACGUGUAAUUUUUCAGAGGUUAGCUUCGCAGACUUAUAACACGUAUCUAAUAUCGCUGAAGGAGAAUUUAUGAGUAAGUUCUAUCAGGUGAAAUGAUAUAGGUGUUGGAUACUCUAAUGUUAGUUUCUUUUAUCUGUAGAAUCAGGCAUGCGUUUUCUUUUAUCUGUAGAAUCAGACAACAUGCUAGCAUAGGCCUGCAAAUAUUGUUUGUGAUGUGUAAUCGUACUUGCAGCUCAUAUGGUUAUCAUAAAUUGUGGCUUAUUCUUUAAUCUUCUGAUACUGUCGCUAAGCAAUUACUAUAGUCCAGUAAUGUGGAUAACAUGAGUUCUGCAUUUCAGAAGUUUAAGCUUCCAUGGUGAUGUGUUUCCUUUAAAUUGAUAACGAUGUAAUUACACAUAUUUGCGCCCCUAGUUCUUAUCCGUUUGAAAGGCAUGGUCGUGUAUUUUGGCAUAUUUUACGCCGGGUUGUGCUAUUUUGUCAUGUUUCAGGUCCCAGGUGUCAAAGGGAAGGCUAAGCGUGAGUUUCGGGGCGUUCGGAAGUCAUUUCGGUGAGCUGGAGCCAAAACACGGGCACACCUAAAACAGUACACGGCCGUGUUCUGUGGCCGUGCUUUUUAUGCCGAGAGCUGAGCUGAUUACACGGGCAAGGCCAAGACAAAGCACGGGCGUGUUCUGCCAAAGCACGGCCGUGUUUCUUUCAACACCAUGGCCGUGUAAUUAACCCUAGCCAAAGCACGGGCGGGCUAAGGCAUUACACGGCCGUGCCCUCGACCGUGCUUUGGCUGAUGCCCUUUUAAGCAGAUUUUCAGCCAAACAGAAGGGGGAUUCGAGUUUUAGAGAGAGAGAUCAGUUCCUAGAGAGAGAAAGUGACGAGCAAGAGUUCCCAAGUGCCCUAGAUUGAUCUUCAACACCAUUGGAGGCCAGCUUGAGCUUGGAGAAGUGCCGAUCAACAUCCAGAAGCAGGAAUCCAUCCUUCACAGUAUGAAUUCCGCGUCUGAUUCUGCUUUUGCUUCUUUCUCUAUGGAGUAGUUCUCCCAUUCAUCUGGGUAUGGAGAACCCUAGAUUUGUAUGUUAGGUUUGAUUGUAUGAACCCAAAUACUGAUUCUAUGAUUGAUUAUAUUCGAUUGAGGUUUGAAUGAUUGAAUGACUUGAAUCCUGAUCAAAUUCCUGUUGUUUCUGCUUUAACCUAGAAUGAGAAUAUCUGCCUAGGUUAAUAGAGUAUCCUUGAUUGAAGGUAGGGAGUUGGUGACUUUAGUCGAGGAACCAACUCACUAUUCUGUACCGGAUUUACUCUGGUAGUGGAGGUUUUGUUCUUAGGGCCUCAAUCUGUCUACUCCGGUGGAGGUUAGUCGCCCGCUAGAGAUUCAGAUUGAGAGGGUCUGAAGACCUUUAGUCGAGACUUCAGGAUGUUUAAGAACCUUCCGCAGUAUAACUUUCAUAGAAACUGAACUUGGUAAUUACAAUCCGGCUUAACUGCAGUCUAGGGGGAACCAUAUCCGGGUGACCUCUUUAACCUGAAUACAACAGUUUACUUGCU